AUCCCUCGCUUGCCGCGAGCCGGACGCGUGUCCUCGCGCGCUGUCUGCCGCAUGGGAAGUAGUUUAGUGGGACCCACAGCCGCCCACCGCUCUCCCUUGCCGAGGUAGCGUACCGAAACCUCACCGCAGUAGGCACAGUAGCGCCACAGCGCUAGGCAGCGGACGGAGGGCCAGUCAGCCGGCGACCGCACUACCCGCAGCACACACUGGUACGGGAGUGAUACGGGAGAGGUGGAGACGUGGACACCGGUGGACAGUGGGCUUAGUGGACGGUGGAGAGGGAAACUGCAAACAGCAUACAAGAGACAGUGAACGGUGGACAGUAGACAGAAAAAGAAUAGUGGACGGUGGUCUGUUGACAGCGAAGAGUGGAGAAACGAGAAAUAGAAAACAGUAGACACUUAACGAUUGACAUACAAAAGUGGAGCGAGAACAUUGACGUAGCAUAGCAUCAGUGCUGUCGAUGAUGGUUUCCAGGGUACAACUAGCAUCCAAGAGGAGCUGAGACUGAUCCAGUCAGUGUGUGUGUGUGGCCUGUGCUCGGGUCAGGUGACUCGUGACCUCUGACCCGACCUGACGUCAGGCUCGGAGCUGAGGUGACCGAGGUGAAGACGAGGUGUAAGGUGUGAGUUGGUGGUGAGAACAGGGAGUAAGCUGUGCAGACUGGUGAGAAGUCCGCACGUGUGGAAGAAUCGAAGGAGCCGCUAGCCGCGGCUUGUGAUAAGACACCGUCUCAACGAGUCUGCAAUCAGCGAUGAUAAUGCUUGGAGAGGCGUUACUUAUGACGGUGUGUGCUCUGAUGGCCUCUGUUGGUGGUGUGGAGAUGACCCCACCCGACGGGUACUAUCUAUUCGACACAGCUCCCUUCAAGACACCGCCCAAAGUGCGAAAACCGCCGUACGCGCAAACGUCGAAACCGUGUCCAGGCCUGGACUCACCGAAGGAGGACAUGCGUCUCUCGGAGACGCUGUGCGGAGACCUUCAGACAGGAAAACUGCCCAAGAACCCCAUCCAGCCUGAGGGAUUCGACGGACACGCCUACCCUUUCGAGCUCAUCAAGAACAAAUCUCUGGAGUUUUUCGGCUCGACUCUUCCCAUCCUGAAGAAGGACCCGACGCUGCCCAAGGUGGCACGAUUCCAGAAGCCGAGCAAAAUCAAACACCACGCACAAUCAAACGGUCUGUUUGCUAAGCGCGGCCGCGGUCGGCGCUCGGCUGAAGGUCAAGGUCAGGGUCAAGGUCAGCCGAAGGCGGACGCUGGAGACGAGGAGCCGGCGAGGAACAGCCGCGGCUUCUGCGACACCAACUGGGGAGUAUUCUGCACCCUGUUCAGGGGCUGGUCAGGCGGCGGCGGCGGCGGCGGCGGGGACUCUGACGAAGAGGUCAGCCAGAGGUCAUCUCCUGACCUGACCUCGGGUGACGCGCCGCUGACCCCCUGUCCUUCCGUGGUCGACUACGUGACGCCGGUGUUCGCCAGAAACUACGAGGGGAUUUGGCGUUACGUGGUGCAGAUUCCGCACGAGGGGUACUUCACUCAGACCAUUGAGGUCACCAGCUGCGUGUCAAGUCGUUGCCACCUUCUCGAAGGUUCCUGUCUCUCCUCUCCGCGAUGGAUCUCUCUACUAGUCGCCGAACUAUUCUACCCGCACCAGACCUUCCCUCUGGCGGCGCCUGUGACGCCGCCGCGGGCGCCUGUGAGCGGUCAGCAGCCCCCCGCCCCCGCCCCCGCCCCCGCUCAGCUACAGGAGCGGGCCGGCAGGCCGGCCGAGCACUGUGACGGGACAGAUCAGCUGGGCUGCUAUCAGGUUCGUCUCUACUACGACUGGUUCCUGGUGCCGGGUAGCUGCAAAUGCUGGAAGAACGACGUUUUCGCCCAGUACCGCGCGGCAAAGCGGACCCCAAAGUCCGCCGGCCACUGAGAGCCGAGAGGGAUCCAAGAAGGCGCUGAUAGGGGACCAAGAAGGCGCCAAGAGGGGACCAAGAUGGCACCGAUAGCCCGAAGAAGAGACAGAGGGUUCUAGGGAUUGGCUGAGAAAUGGCUGGGAAAUCACUGAGAGUAAUUUUGGUGGACACUGUAUUGAUAAGUUAUGAGAGGGUGCUAAAAAGGCUCAUAUGUAGUGAGCACCCGAGAAAAAUGAGAGGGCGCUGAAAUGAUGAGAGGAUGUUAAGAAGGCUCUUGGGAGAUCAAAGAGGACAACCCAUCACCAAGAUAUGUACAUUUUUGCUGGCGUUGUGACUGAACAACGGCAGCGUACUAGCAGCGUAGUAAUAUGAUGCAAAGUAAACAAAAUGUGAAGCAGGAUGUAUGCUAUAUUUGUUAUAAUUUAGGUGUGUGAUUGCGCUUAUUGCCAGGUCGGCAUCUUCUUGAGUGCUAGAACAAAAUUUCCGACCUCUUUUGGCAUCAUUCAUGUUGCGAAUUGACAUUGUUCAAGACAAGUAAAUGAUGAGCGUUUCGCGAUAGCCCGAGAAUUAUUACUUUUUCAUGUGUGUAUUGUUAAAGUUAAGCUUCUGGUCAAGCGCCUUCUUGGCACAUAUUUAUUUGUAACAUCAUUCAACCAACAAACUAAGUUUAUCCAGCAUUGAUACAGAGUUCAUUCAUGUUUAGUUUUCUUUGCCAGGACAUAUUCCUCUCUGGGAAUGAUCGCAAAUGUGCUUAGCUCAACAGAGACUCCACCGAAAUGGAACCGGUUGUUUUGUUACGUGAAUGAAUGUAUGAUACAGUGGUAGAGUAGUUUGUUUACUGUGGAUAUUCCGUCCCGUAGAAAAGUAUGUACUAUGUACCGCUAAGUAACUCUGUAAUAAAGUGAGUUGAUGUUGUU